AUGAUCCACAUCCCAAAGCGGAAGAAUCCGUCUGUUGACAUUGGAUUCAUCUUUGCGGAUCAAAUCCGUGAGAUGAACAAGCUGUACGGAGCGCCAGAGGUACGGUUGGAUGUAUACACCACCCACCGGAUGGGCAACCGAACUGGAAGACUUCCAGUUGGAGGAACGUUAGAGCAUGGGGAAGUUAUCGUUCCUCCAACCGUACUCGACGACCUUAUCACGUUGUGGGACCCUACGAUGACACUCCUCGAAUUGGUACCGGCGACGCCGCAGAUUGCGUCCAGCUUGUCGUUCAUAGGGACACGAGGGGCUUGGGUUGAGGCUUCAGGAGACAUCGGCACCGGCUGCAUUGUAACCGCGAAUUCUAAGACGAUUGAAGAUAGGUGA